AUGCGCGUCCCUGGACGCGUACCCACGUCUAGAACCUCUUCUCGCGUGUUGACUGCCUCGGCUUUCGGGAAGCUCCAGACGACCCCAUUCAUAAUGCCGCCUAAGGCACACGCCAUAACAGAACCAUCAGAUCUUCCAAUUCACCCCUUUAGAUCAGCCACUGACUUUGAACAAUUCCUCGAACGGGAGCAUGCCAAAUCUCCAGGGAUCUACGUGAAACUGGCCAAAAAAUCUUCAGGCAUUCCAUCUGUGUCUCGCGACCAAGCUGUGGAGACAGCGUUAUGUUUCGGAUGGAUCGAUGGUCGGGCACACGCCUACGAUGAGGACUGGUGGCUGGUACGAUAUACCCCACGACGUGCGAAGAGCAUCUGGUCCAAGAAAAAUGUGACGACCGUAGAGUCGUUGCUCAACGCCGGUCGUAUGCGGCCAGCCGGAUUGGCUGUGGUGGAAGCUGCACAGGCGGAUGGUCGUUGGGCUCGUGCAUACGAUGGCCCGGCCAGUAUCACGGUGCCAGAAGAUUUCGCCACUGCGCUGACACAGACGCCGGCAGCCUCGAUUUUCUUUGAAGGGUUGAACCGGUCAGACCGCUACGCGGUGUUGGUUCAGCUUCAGUGGACUACUCCGCAGCGCCGGGCGAAGCGUAUCGAGACAUUGGUCCAGAUGCUAGCAGAUGGUAAAACACUAGGAGCGUCAGACAAGUCAGCUAAACCAAGUAAAAGGAAAGCUGUGGGCAGGGACCAUGGAAGGGAUGGACGUCGGAAAACAUCGAAAAAGGCAUGA